AUGGCGAUGAUCAAUAUUACUCUUAGUCCGUCAAGUGCCCCAAUGUUGCCGUGUGUGGGUGAGGAAAGUGGAAGUAACGGGCCUCGUGUUGGACCAAAAUCGAGAGCAGACCAGUCAGCACACCCCUCCUCUUCUGUGGAGGCACCUAGAAUGCAUUCCUUACCUGGAGCAGGACCACAGACAGGACAAAGCCGAGUUGUGAGCACGUUGCCGAACCAAGCGCUAUUAGCUGGAAGCCAAGAGAGAGGAGAUUUCUUACCUGGAGCAGGACCACAGACAGGACAAAGCCGAGUUGUGAGCAAGUUGCCGAACCAAGCGCUAUUAGCUGGAAGCCAAGAGAGAGGAGAGUUUGGGACUGAGUCUAGUCUUCAUGGGGGUUCAUUCGACGUAUGGACUAAUCGUGGUUACUAUUUUCAAGUCCGUCAAGUGCCCCAAUGUUGCCGUGUGUGGGUGAGGAAAGUGGAAGUAACGGGCCUCGUGUUGGACCAAAAUCGAGAGCAGACCAGUCAGCACACCCCUCCUCUUCUGUGGAGGCACCUAGAAUGCGUGAGCUCUGCAUAUGUUCUAUUAGCUGACAGGACUGAGGAAUCAUCGGGUGGACGUAUCAAAGUUUUCAAGAAGAAGCGUGACGAAAUAUCACAUUUCGAACCUCAUGGAAUAUCAUGUAGGAAAAGGAGAUUGGAAGAAAGUGUAUACGAUUUUGACGAAGGAGAUGAAAAUAUGCUGGCAGAAGAGCCGAAGAAGAAAACUUCUUCUAAUCGCAGAUCACUAAUUCGUAAUCAUGAACCAAGAAGAGAUUUCUUACCUGGAGCAGGACCACAGACAGGACAAAGCCGAGUUGUGAGCAAGUUGCCGAACCAAGCGCUAUUAGCUGGAAGCCAAGAGAGAGGAGGCGAUGGUUGUGGCAACGUUAAACCCGAAGUUUGCACUACCAAUGGAUUGCAUCAGCGAAGACGUGUGAACAGUGUAGUGGAGAACAUCGAUGGAUGA